CAGGUCCCAUACCUGUACUGCCUGCCUACACCAAAAUAGUAACUAUGUGCACAUACAAAUUCUUUUGUGGGAACAUUUUAUACUUUUGUGUGCAGUUUUUAAAAACUGUGUGCUCAGGUCAGAAUUAAUACAAAAUUUAGUUUAUUCACUCAAAAUUCUUGUUUUUGUGCGAGCGCACGAUCGGACUGCUUAGAGGGGUGCAACUAAAUGAUAAGGACACAUAUGUUGGAAACGAGUUUAUUUUUCAUUAUUUCCAUAGUUACAGCUUUUAUUGUCAUGCCAUUGUUUCAGAUAAUAUCACUUUGUGCAGUAUAGUUUAUACAGUCAUGCAGCUGCUUUAUAAUUCUUUAAGUGUAAUUGACCAGUUUUGUGUUUCCAUGGUUACAGCUUUCAUUGUGAUGUCAUCCGUUCCAGUAACAACUUUGUGUUUCCAUGGCUACAGCUUUCAUUGUGAUGUCAUCAGUUCUAGUAACAACUAGAACAAUGAAGUGUUUGAUAUUAUGGAAUGGUUUCCAUGGUUACAGCUUUGUGAUGUCAUUAGCUAAAGUAACAUCUUCUUGUGCAGUGCAGUGUUUGUCAUUAGUGUAGAAAUGGCAGGAGCAGAGAUGGAGCUGCUUUUGUUUUUUCUAACUAUUUUUCAUCUUUUUCAACAAUUUGAAACCUCUAAUCGAAUAAUUUGUGGAAACCGACCUUUGUAUGAAAGUUUUUACUGGUCCCAGGAAGUAAAUGGAGUGAGUACAGCACAAGGAAAAUGGCCCUGGUUAGUCAGUAUCCAGCAAAAGGAAGGAGAUAGAUAUGAACACAUCUGUGCAGGGAUCAUCCUCAACACACAGUGGGUUGUGACUGCUGCCCACUGCUUCAACAAUCUGAAUGGUGAGAACACAGCGAGCACGUUGCGGCUAGUGUUUGGAAUACGGACCGUAACGGCAGACAUACCCCAGAAUUUGGUCCGUAAACUUCAGAAGAUCAUUCGGCACGAAGAAUAUAAUCCGCAGAAUGCGCACAACGAUAUCGCCUUGAUACAAGUGGACAAACCUAUUGAAUUCAACAGCGAGUCUCAAGUCGCUUGUAUUCCCAUGCCGUCUGCUCAACUUCAGCACUUUACAGAGUGUUACAUUGCAGGAUGGGGUAGUCAUGAUGAAUCUGCGGAACCAGUGAGAAUCAUGCAGGAAGCAAAGGUUGAGCAAAUUGAUGCCAAAGUCUGCAAUGGCACCAAAUGGUAUAAAGGAAGAUUAGGAGAUUCUAACCUGUGUGCCAGCCAGAAGGCAGGGGCCACUUACAGCUGCCAGGGUGACAGUGCAGGUCCCCUGAUGUGCAAAGGCAGCAAAGCCCAACACUUCUCUGUGGUUGGGAUAGCAAGUUGGGGAUCAGGCUGCGGUGGAACUUAUUCCCCUGGAGUUUACACCUCUGUGCAGAAAUUAUUACCAUGGAUAAUUGAUAAGGUCAUCAGUGAGGAAAGAAAAAGCAAUCCUAUAGUAAUGAAAUCCAAUAUGAAUGGAAUUGUUCCCUAUGAAGACCCUCAAGAUGAUGUAACAAAGGAACCUGAGACAGUUCCAACCAUUCAAGGCUACAAACCUGUUAAGAAUCGUAGAAAACGCUUUGCCCUCCAUAAGCCUCAACAGAGUCCAUCAUUUCCCAUGGAGCGUGUAGAGCCUGACCUUAAAGUGGAAUCGCCCCACCAGGAAGUUCAGCCAAGUGAACGCAAGAAUGGGCUAAAGCAAAUCAUUAGUGUGGCCCGACAGUUUAUGAAAUCGGUGGUUCGUUCCUUGAAAUACCUGAAUUCUAAAAUCUCAUAACGCAGAGAGUUACAAUGAAUUCAAUGAAUUCAAGCUAAAUCUUGCAAUUGGGGCAUCCAGUGGUGUAACUGUAAGGGGUGCAGACCCCGUCUCCUUCAAAGAGAUGGAGCCCUGUAAAUCCUGCUCUGACUUGAGCCCCCCAUUCCUAUAUGUUUCCCGCGAUUCCCCAUUUCCACCUCCCUGUGCAUUUACAUAUAUUGAUGUUGCACAGGGGGGAGAGGAACGUGGGGCCUGUGGGUAUAUUUAGCCCAUAGGUGUGGGUGGUGGGUGGGCCCGCGGGUGAUGGGGGAGUUACACCACUGGGUGCACUGCUAACUUAAAGCAACAUAGCUUUAUACAGACCCAAGGAAUAUUAUGAUGGUUGAUACUGAGAAUCCCUAUAUGUCCCCCCCAUAUAACUUCUCAACUGUCCCCCCCCCAAAUCUUGUUUUAUAUUAAAAAAAUCAAUAAAUGUUUUGAUUCUGAAUAGAACAUUC